AUGUUCAAGCAGGAGAAUCCGAAAGAUGCGCGCCCUGCCUUGAUACAGCACGUGUCCGAAAUGGGCAGUUUGGACAGGUCGGAGACAGUUGUCGAAUUUUCUGCAAAUUGGCAGUUCGGUUCAGAAGAUCCCUUUACCUUCGAUGACGAGAUUUCAAAGGAUGUCAUGCAACAGAAGAUCUUCGAGUGCCAAUGGUGGUGCGUAAGACUGGCGAGGGCGGAGUUUACAGAUUUCGCAGAGAGUGAUAUCUACGAUGUCGUCAGCGCAAACCUUCGAGAUCUGUUUGUGCACUGCUGCGACACGGAUAAAUCUGUGAGGAUUGCCGCGCACCAUGUUGUUUCCAAUUAUGCGUUGCGUGGUCUCCGAUUCGUGCAGCAACGGAUUGCCGAAGCAACGCUUGGCCGUAUGGAAGACCUGCUGCCAGAGUCCACGGAAGUCAGCGAAGAGGACCGAUUCCAGGGCCUGUUUUCUAGCCUGAAGCUCUUGUGGCGAGCUGAUGACGAUCCCGAACGAAGCUAUGCAGAAGCGAUACAUCAAUUAAAGGCUUUGUUAUGGCAGAGGCAGAGCAGCAGACGUUUGCGAGUAGAGAUUUGCAGCCUCCUCGCGUGCUGA